UAUUUGUUUACCAUGACACAAACGCUGAACUCUACUCCGGAAGGCAAACACGAAUCUGUCAGUCAGGUUGAAAUUCUGCAGCAAAAAUGGCUCGAGCAAGUCCAAGUCCCUUCGAUGUGGCAUAUGAGGGUAAUACUAUCGCUAUAAUAAAACUCGUCGAAGAGGAUGAGAUGUUAAAGACGCAAACUGAUAAUAAUGGACGAAUGCUCCUGCACUGGGCUGCUCUCGGUGGGCAUCACGAGAUAGUGGAGUAUCUCUUGUCUCUGAAGGUUCCUGUGAACCCACAGGACGAUACCAACAUGACACCUCUGAUUCUGGCUGCGUCAGCGGGUCGUGAGAAAGUCGUGACGACUUUAAUAACCGAAGGCGCCAAUGUCAAUGCCCAAACGAUUGAUGGUCACUCAGCGCUUCAGUACGCUGCCAGCAAAAAUUGGCAUUCAAUCUGUCUGAAGCUCAUCGAAAAAGGGGCUGAUGUCAAUAUCACUGACAACCGAGGUGCAACGCCACUUCAUAGAGCUGCUUCCAAGGGAAAUGUCGAAAUUGUUAAAAUGCUGUUAGCCCAAGGCAAUCGAUUGAAAAUUGAUCAAACUGAUGCUUAUGGCAACUCAGCUCUCCAUUUGGCAUGUGAGGAGGACAGACACAGCGAGGCAAAGCUCUUAGUGUCCCAUGGAGCUAGUUUGGAGUUGACAAAUAGAGAAAAGAAGACCCCACUGGAGCUCUGCACUCCAGCACUAGCUCGACAGUUAAAAGCACUCAGGGAAAAGCCUGAAUAAUUUUUCACUCUCAUCCGUUUCAAUUUUAUUUAAUUAACUGGAGUAAACUAUCCAGUUAACUAUAGGAGGGAUGAAAAGAUAGGAAAACUUACAGAAUAUGUGUAAAUGUUUCAAAAAGGAGCGCUUUUAACGAAAAAUGUCACAUCUUUUCUGUAAAAAAUUGCGAGCUUUACAAAAAAAUUAUUUGUAAAUUUUUCGUUAAAUUCGUUUAUUUCUUCAAUAUUUGCGAAAUGCCGUGAGAAAUUUCCCUUCACAGUUUGACAAAUGAAUUAUAACGAAGAAUUAAUUAUAAAUCUCAUGGAGAAGCCCCAAUGGGCUAUUAAUAUUUCAUAGUCAAUAAAUAAAAUUAUGAUAUUUUUUUAA